AUGUUGUCAUUUAUUUUUCGAAGACUUUUGAGUCGACUCUAUUUUCGUACUCCUAAUUUGAACCAAUCUUUCCGAAGUCCUAUUCCUAAGGCUUUUGUUUCAAGCUCGCCGGCCUUUGUAUAUAGAUCUCAUGCUUGUGGUGAGCUGAGCACGCGACAUAUCAACUCUACCGUUACAGUAUGCGGGUGGCUUGAACAUUGUCGACUGUCAUCUCGUUUUCUUGUUCUUCGUGAUGAUCGUGGUUUAAUACAAAUAUAUUGUGAUAAAAAUUGUCUCCCAAUUCCGCAACUUACUUUUGAGUCUGUCCUGAGAGUGACAGGUAAAGUCCAAGCACGUCCGGAAAAGGAUGUAAAUAAGGUAGUGUUAUUUGUGUUAUAUCUUAGCUUCAAGCUUAUGCCAACUGGCGAAAUUGAAAUAGUUGCCGAAAGCAUUGAAAUCCUCAGUCAUUCGUCUUUAAUUUCCUUUCUUCCGAAAGAUGCAGCGAAUGUCAACGAAACAGAAAGAUUAAAAUAUCGUUACCUUGAUCUUCGUUCGUCGAAUAUGCAAAGAAACAUGCGGUUUCGUUCAUCUAUCACUUUGCAAAUGCGAAGCUUCUUGUGUCAAAAUAAUGGUUUUAUUGAAAUCGAAACUCCAUAUUUGUUCAAAAUUACUCCAGGGGGUGCCCGUGAGUUUAUUGUACCUACCAAGUUUCCUGGAUUAUGGUACUGCUUACCUCAAAGCCCUCAACAAUUCAAACAACUUUUGAUGAUAAGUGGAUUUAGUAAAUAUAUGCAGAUCGCCAGAUGUUUUCGAGACGAGACUUCUAGAUCUGACAGACAGCCCGAAUUCACUCAGUUGGACAUAGAAAUGGCAUUUAUCACUCCAGAUGAUAUUUAUGAAAUAAUUGAGAAUAUGUUGUUAUAUAUUUGGCCUACAGUUCAGAGCACUUCAGGUUGUCGGCCGAUUUCGGCACCUUUUUUGCGCAUGAAAUAUUGUGAUGCUAUGUCACGAUAUGGAAGUGACAAACCAGAUAUACGCUUUGGUUUCUUAUUUUCAUAUUCCGCUGUUGAUGGACACACCGGUUUUAAUAUACCAAGGAAAUACUCAUCAAGUUUAAGUGCUGAAGAUUGGGACUCCUUGGAGGAUUUGGUUUUUCGCCUAACGGGCCAAAGAAUAUCAAUCUUUUCAGUUCAAAAUAUCAAUUCAAAACACUUGGACUUACUAAAUUUAUUAAAGCCGGAGUGUGGUGAUUUAGUCGUCUUCAUUAAAGGAAAUACAGAAACUGAGUUAAAAGCAUUGGGAAUGGCACGAGUUGAAGUCGCUAAGCUUAUUGAUUCGAAAGGUUUGUCAAUAUAUGAACCUGGAUUCCAUUUCCUUUGGGUAAAUCAAUUUCCAUUGUUUGAAAAAAAUAACUUGGGUCAAUGGAUAUCAGUGCAUCACCCAUUCACUGCUGCGUCGCCAGAGACAGCACAUUUCCUGUACACUGAUCCGAGCAAAGUCAUCGGUUUACAUUACGAUUUAGUUUGUAAUGGUCAAGAAGUUGGAGGUGGUUCAAUUCGCAUACAUAAUCCUGAGGUACAAAGGUAUAUUUUUACCGAGAUUCUCAAGGAAAAUUCUUGUGAAAUGGAAUACUUUUUAACUGCCCUGAAUUCUGGAGCUCCACCGCAUGGUGGGAUUGCGUUAGGUCUUGAUCGUUUAAUUGCAAUAUUUGUAAAUGCCAAAUCAAUCAGAGAUGUAAUUGCUUUCCCAAAAGCGGCUGAUGGAAAAGAUCUCUUAUGUGGGACACCAACUAUGGUAGAUGAUGAAAUCUUAUCACAGUAUUGCAUUUCUGUUUCUAAUCUGAAUAAAAGUUGA